AUGUCUGCUGCUCUUCGCCGCCUCGCCCUCCGCCCGCCCGCCUGCCACUCCAGAGCAUUCGCCUCCCAAGCCCCAACCCACAUCCCCGUCAUCCGGACCCUGCCACAACUGCGGCGAUGGCGCAGAGCUGCCAGGGAGAGGGGCCUCGGCGUCGGAGUGGUCCCAACCAUGGGCGCCCUGCACGAGGGGCAUAUCGACUUGGUCCGAACGUCAUUGUCACGAAACCCUCUGACUGUCAUUACCGUCUUUGUCAACCCUAUGCAGUUUGCCCCGACAGAAGACUUUUCGGCGUAUCCUCGCCAACUGGAACGCGAUCUCUCCACCCUGACCUCUCUUCUCCCUUCGCCCGGCACACUGUCUUCCGUUCUGCGCGGACUCGGUAUCAGCGAGAACGAUGCUUAUCGUCCAUCAAGCACGGCCACCAGUACAGCGAACGCCAACAUUCUGUCAUCGGCGAACGAAUCAGAACGCGAGAGGAACAGGGACAACGAGUCGCCUCUGGUGGUAUUCGCUCCCUCACCGGAUGUGAUGUAUCCUUUGAAGGGAGAACUGCAGGAUUUGGAUGCCCACAAGGGUGUCGAAGUCAAUGUGCGUGGGUGGGGCGAGCUGAUGGAGGGAGCUUCGAGACCCCAAUUCUUCAAGGGUGUCGCUACUGUAUGCACCAAGCUGUUCAACGCUGUGGAGCCUGACCACGCAUACUUUGGACAGAAGGAUAUCCAACAAGCACUCUUGCUCAAGAUCUUGGUGAACGAUCUCCUUCUAUCCCACCCCACUCCCGAGAAUCUCCACAUCCUGCCCACCACCCGCGCCCAAUCCGGUCUCGCCCUUUCUUCCCGGAACGCGUACCUUUCUCCAUCCGAGCUAUCCGCCGCCCCCAUCCUAUUCUCCGCCCUGUCCGAGGGGCAGGCUUCUUACGAAGAAGCGCAAAGGGCAAAGAACAAUGAGUUGACGGGGGAAGACAUCAUCUCUGCUGCCACUGGCAUACUCCUGGCAGAGCAGAGCAGGCUGUUGCAGGCCUCUUUGGGGUCCAAGGAGGCUGGUGUGGAGAUGAGGCUAGAUUAUGUAGAGCUGUUUGAUAAGACCACUUUUGAGCCCGUGAGGGGCCCUGUCGGAGAUAAAGAGAUGGUGCUCGCCGGGGCGCUCUGGGUGGGAAAGACGAGGUUGAUUGAUAAUGUUCUUCUGGGCUGGACAUGCUCGUGA